UACAGUCGUUAAGUGUUUUAUUAAAAUCCGUUUAAAAAAUUCUAAACAAACUUAGUCAUGAUUAUAGGACGCACGAGAUAGAUACUGACAGAUUAUCAGUAUUUCGAGUAGUGCUUAUCAGUUCGGACUCGGGGGCGUAUCGACUAAUACCGACUAGUAGUAGGUUAGAUAUCACGAAAAAGACAUGUUACAAUCAAUAUGGCGUUUUAUAUCCAAGAAUUUCUCUCGAUUAAUAAUUCUAGUCAUCUUAAUCUACAUAAUUAUGUUAUUUUACACUUACAAUUUGAAGCUCUAUACAUUACGAUCAGAGAGAAAGGACAUUCCGUACCUGAGUCAUAAAAACAUGAAAUACAUUCUGCAAUGGACGAGGAGAUUCAGCGCGCCGUUCGACUUCAUGGGCGAAGGGAAUACCGCGUUUGUGAGGAACAAGUGUAAGUUCACGAAUUGCUUUGUGACAGAUAACAGCUGGCACUUCUUGAACCAUUCGGAUUUCGACGCGAUCGCGUUCAACGGCCGGGACGUGAUUCAUCUCUGGCCGUUUCAAAUGCCGAAGGAUCGAACGCCGAAACAGAAAUACAUUUUCGGUGCAAUGGAAUCGCCGGAUAAUUUCCCAGCGUGCGAUGAAAACCUCGACGGUUUUUUUAACUGGACAUGGACAUACAAGCUCGAUUCCGACUUUCGUUGGGGAUACAUAACAAUUUACGAUUUGUACGGCAACGUGGUCGGUCCAGCUAUCGACAUGAAGUGGAAGAAAGAUAUGGAGCCGAUCAGUGAAGAUUUAAAAGUGAAAUUGUCGAGUAAGUCGAAGGCUGCCGCGUGGUUCGUUUCGCAUUGUUCCACCAAAAGUGGAAGGGAGUUUUUCGUUAAGGAAGUUCAGAAGGAAUUAAAAUCAUACGGAUGGACUGUCGAUGUGUUUGGUUCAUGCGGUCAGUUCGAAUGUCCUCGGUCGAGUAAGGACUUGUGUUUCGAAAUGAUCGAAAAUGAUUAUUAUUUUUAUUUUUCGUUGGAAAAUUCAUUAUCGGAGGACUAUGUGACGGAAAAACUUUUGACUGCUUUACAAAAUUCUGCAAUUCCUGUCGUUUACGGUGCUGCUAAUUAUUCCAGAUUUCUCCCUCCGGGCAGCUAUCUGGACGGUAGAGAGCUGGGCCCAAAGGAACUGGCUCGUCAGAUGAGCGAAAUAAUUGGAAACCAGUCGUUGUACCACGAUUACUUCAGAUGGAGGAAUCAUUACGUGUACAGAGAGACUUCUAACAACGAUGAUAUCUGCAAGCUAUGUGAGAUGAUGAAUGAUGACGCGAAGGUAUCCGAAACUAGUGUAUGGAAAGAUUUUAGAAAAUGGUGGAAUGGUGCUCGCUACGACUAUAAUUGCAAAAAUUGAACUGAUUUCUUGUGAUAGAUAUACUUAAAGCAUCAUUAACUGUACUGAAAGGGGUAUGAAACCCCCAAAAGGAUGUGUUUCAAAUCUGACCUGACUGUUCUAUACGUCCGUGAAUUUCAGAAAAGUAACCAUAAUAAUAUUAGUGUAAAUAAAUAAUUUAAGUAACAAAGUAUUAUUGAAUAAUUAUUUUUAUUAAAUUUUAAUAAACAAUGAGUGAGAGAUAUUUAUUACACUUUGUUUAAAACAUAAUGCCAAACGAGCGGGAUGACGGUUUAUUGAGUAAAUAACCUCAACGAAGACAAUAACGACGUAUCGAGUAAAGAAUUUCAUAUAAAUAGUGAUACAUAAUAUUCCAAAUUGUUAUUUGGCUUCCAUGAUAUUUUUGCUGUGUUGCAAAUAUAUUUAAUGUUUUUAACUAUAUGAUAAAUAAUUUAAAAAGCACCUUAUCUUUAUUUUUAUAAGUACAAUACUUCAACUUGUACGUGUGUAUGACAAAGAAUGCCUUUUAAACGGCUAGAUCCACCAUUUUAAUGUACCCGGAGGAUGUUGCUGCGAACGAUCGUAUUUUGUGCGUAAUCGGAAUGGAGAGCUAAACAACUAUGAACUUAAUUAUUAACUUUAUACCUUAAAAGUCAGGUCCUAGGUUCCUUCCAGGUUCCAGAUUCUAGGUUUUCGUCUAGGCUCGUAAUAAAAAACAUUGACGUUAGUUUAUCAACCUAUUAAUUCUGCCUGGAGAGGAAAGUUUGGUAGUUGGCAAUGUUUAAACUGGCGUGCUUCGGAAAUCAAAUAAAACCGUCGUUACGCGACUGAAACUUUUCUGGUAAAUUGCCAACCUAGCGGAUUAUGAGGUUGAGGUAACAUAAAAUUUACUUAUAUACUUAUACUAGAACAUAUCCUGCGCAGUUAGCUAGUCGUCCUUGAGAAUUACAGCCAUUAUUUAGGAGCAGCCGAAAUUAGUUAGGAGGAUAACUUUUGUUUAAUUGAACUUGAAAACUAAAGUCGUAUAAAUUAUGUUACGUAUUUUACCUAUUAUUAUAUAAUGCUAGCUGAACCCUCCGAUUCAGCCGCGUGGAAUUCAGUUUCUGUGAUGAAAAUGCAUUUAGAAUACAGUUUUAUAUAUAUUCCUUUAUCCCCAACAUCGAAUAAUAUCCCUUGCUUGAAGGAUGAAAAAAAUAUCAAUAUAUAUAAUUUCCAUUAUUAUGGUUCAAGAUUGCUUCAUACCAAAUCGAUUGAGUUUUCUAGCCGUUGAAGCCCAACAAACCGAUAGACAGAGUUCAUAAUAUACCUGGAAGUGGUCCAUCCAUUAAUGACACAUCUAUGAUGAGUUUUUACAACAGAACUUUGAUAUAACUGCAUGUAAAACUGAAAAAAAAUAACUACAAAUUGAAGCGAUAUCGCAGUUCAGCUCGCUCAUUUUAAAGUUACGAAACGUCGAAAAAGUUAUUGAAUAUGAUACAGCAACGAAUGGCCUUGACGAGUUUAUGAAUUUUUGCACACGAGAUAUGCAUUUAUUACUUAUAAUACCAUUAUAUUAAAGAAAAAUAAUCGGUGUUUUAUUAAUCUGUUUAAGUAAGCUAAUGCAUGUAACAUAGUAUGUUAUGUAAUCUGAUAAUGCAAGUAAAUAAAUCGAUAUAGCGCAUCCAUUAGAGCCCAACUCAUAUAAAAAUAUUUGCAAUCUUAAACAAAUAUUGAAAAUAUUAUUUACGGGCUAUACACCUUUCGAUUUAAGUUAAAUAACAUUUGCUAGUUAACAAAUCUUAAUAUAAAGUACGUGUACUUAUAUAUGUAAGAAGUUAUACUUCGUUGGCGUAAUUAAAUAAUCUAAUUUAACCGCAUGUAAAAUAAAUGAAAUAAUAAAAAGGACAAGACUACAACUAUGACUCAGUCUUACCCGCAAAGAGCGCUUAUAGAUGUUAAACUUAAUAAAACUGAAUGUUAAAAAAUAACAAACCUUUAUUGAUUCGAGUUUGUGUUUCUUGUCUUAUGAAAUUCUGUUCAGACGAUUUAAAUGGAUUGUAAUUUGGCUGUUGAUCGACUAUAGUCGACUAAUCUGAAUAUAGUUUAAGGCAGUGCACUUAAACUGUUCCAUAACAUUAUAAGAAAUAUGUAAACUUAAUAAAACAAUCAGACUUUAGUACUACAGGAGUUUGUAGUGUUUAAAAGAAAAGUAGGCUACUAUAAGUAGCUACACGCACGGCUAUUUCUAGUAUGCUCAAGCGAUUCGUGUCGCCCUCCGAGAUUUUUAAUGGAUAUUCCAAGGCAUUUGGCACUGAUGAGUCCCAUAUACCACCCCACUUUAGGUGGGGGAAAGGUGCUAGUGCAUUUUUCCAGUGAAAAAUAUAAAAUAAAGUAGCCAAAGAUAGCUGGGUACACAUUUUAAUUUAUAACGCAUUGAAAGUUAAUA